AUGGCGGCCUCUCACCUGGACUUUGGGGAAGUGGAAAGUUUCCUGGACAGGCACCCCGAGUUGUUUGAAGACUACCUGAUGAGGAAGGGGACGCAGGAGACGGUGGACAAGUGGCUGUUGAGGCACAGCCAGCGGCAAGGAGCUUCCGACGCCAGCCCCCCCGCUGGGGCUGCUCCCAGCAGCUUGGCUCCCGAUGGUGGGAGAGGCAGCAGCUUCAGUGGUGGUGGCACUGGACCCGAGGGCUCUGCCACCAGCCAGCCCGCUCCUGGCGUGGGGGACUGCGGUGGGGUUCCGAUGAGCCCCGGCUGGACCAGUGGCAGCCGUGGUGCUGAUGGAAACCUGCAGCGGAGAGCUUCCCAGAAAGAGCUAAGGAAGAGUUUUGCUCGCUCCAAGGCCAUCCACGUGAACAGGACCUACGAUGAACAGGUGACCUCCAGGGCCCAAGAACCCCUGAGCAGUGUGCGGCGGAGGGCACUUCUCCGCAAGGCGAGCUCUCUGCCCCCCACCACAGCCCACAUUCUCAGUGCCCUACUGGAAUCCAGGGUGAAUCUGCCUCAGUAUCCCCCGACGGCCAUCGAUUACAAGUGCCACCUCAAGAAACACAACGAGCGCCAGUUCUUCCUGGAACUGGUCAAGGAUAUCUCCAACGACCUUGACCUCACCAGCCUGAGCUACAAGAUCCUCAUCUUUGUCUGCCUCAUGGUGGACGCUGACCGCUGCUCGCUCUUCCUAGUGGAAGGGGCAGCUGCAGGCAAGAAGAGCUUGGUCUCCAAAUUCUUUGAUGUGCAUGCUGGGACUCCACUGCUGCCCUGCAGCAGCACAGAGAACUCCAAUGAGGUGCAGGUCCCCUGGGGCAAAGGCAUCAUUGGCUAUGUCGGGGAGCAUGGAGAGACAGUCAACAUUCCUGAUGCCUACCAGGAUCGAAGAUUCAAUGAUGAAAUCGACAAGCUAACUGGAUACAAGACCAAGUCGUUACUGUGCAUGCCCAUCAGAAGCAGUGAUGGCGAGGUCAUUGGGGUGGCCCAGGCCAUAAACAAGAUCCCCGGGGGCGCUCCGUUUACGGAAGACGAUGAAAAAGUUAUGCAGAUGUAUCUUCCUUUCUGUGGAAUCGCCAUAUCUAAUGCUCAACUCUUUGCUGCCUCAAGGAAGGAAUAUGAAAGAAGCAGGGCUUUACUCGAGGUGGUCAAUGACCUCUUUGAAGAACAGACUGACCUGGAGAAGAUCGUCAAGAAAAUAAUGCAUCGGGCCCAGACUCUGUUGAAAUGUGAACGCUGCUCAGUCUUACUCCUCGAGGACAUUGAAUCACCAGUGGUGAAGUUCACUAAGUCCUUUGAAUUGAUGUCCCCAAGGUGCAGCGCCGAUGCUGACAACAGUUUCAAGGAAAGCAUGGAGAAAUCCUCAUACUCUGACUGGCUAAUAAACAACAGCGUGGCCGAGCUGGUUGCUUCCACAGGCCUUCCGGUGAACAUCAGUGAUGCCUAUCAGGAUCCUCGCCUUGAUGCCGAGGCUGACCAAAUAUCUGGUUUUCAUAUACGAUCUGUUCUCUGUGUCCCUAUUUGGAAUAGCAACCACCAAAUAAUUGGGGUGGCUCAAGUGUUAAAUAGACUGGAUGGGAAGCCUUUUGACGAUGCAGACCAGCGACUUUUUGAGGCUUUUGUCAUCUUUUGUGGCCUCGGCAUCAACAACACAAUUAUGUAUGACCAAGUAAAGAAGUCUUGGGCCAAGCAGUCUGUGGCUCUUGACGUGCUGUCCUACCACGCAACCUGUUCCAAAGCUGAAGUUGACAAGUUUAAGGCAGCCAACAUCCCCCUGGUGUCCGAGCUUGCCAUCGACGACAUGCGCUUUGACGACUUUUCGCUGGACGUGGACGCCAUGAUCACGGCUGCUCUCCGGAUGUUCAUGGAGUUGGGGAUGGUGCAGACAUUUAAAAUCGACUACGAGACCCUGUGCAGGUGGCUUCUGACGGUGAGGAAGAACUACCGCAUGGUUCUGUACCACAACUGGAGACACGCCUUCAAUGUGUGCCAACUGAUGUUCGCCAUGCUGACUACGGCUGGGUUUCAAGAGAUUCUGACCGAGGUGGAAAUUUUAGCGGUGAUUGUGGGCUGCCUGUGUCAUGACCUCGACCACAGGGGAACCAACAAUGCCUUCCAAGCUAAGAGUGGCUCUGCCCUGGCCCAGCUCUACGGAACCUCUGCUACCCUGGAGCAUCACCACUUUAACCACGCAGUGAUGAUCCUGCAAAAACUGCCCGCUUUAAAAUGGAAGCACAUCCUGAAACCUUUCAGGCAUCGGGGGCGGCAGUACCUGGAGCAUACUCAGGUGAGGAGAACUGGAUUCUUCGAACUUGUCAGUAAAGGUGAAUAUGAUUGGAACAUCAAAAACCAUCGUGAUAUAUUUCGAUCAAUGUUAAUGACAGCCUGUGACCUUGGAGCCGUGACCAAACCGUGGGAGAUCUCCAGACAGGUAGCUGAACUUGUAACCAGUGAGUUCUUUGAACAAGGAGAUCGGGAGAGAUCAGAACUGAAACUCACUCCUUCAGCUAUUUUUGACCGGAACCGGAAAGAUGAACUGCCCCGGCUGCAGCUGGAGUGGAUUGACAGCAUCUGCAUGCCUCUGUAUCAGGCAUUGGUGAAGGUCAAUGCGAAACUGAAGCCCAUGCUGGACUUGGUGGCCGCGAACAGAAGCCAGUGGGAAGAGCUGCACCGGCGGCAGCGGCUGCGCGCUCCGGCCGCCGAGCCCUCCCCGGCCAGCGCCCCAGCGGCGGCGGCAGCGGCGCGGGACCCCAAGUGA